UUCAUAAAUUGAGAGAUGUCAAAUAUAAAGCACACAGAUUUAGACUAUAUAUGGGGAGAUUUAAAAGAAGGUUUAAAACAUAUAUAUUCUCAGAAAACUAUGAGUAAACAGCGCUAUAUCGAGUUAUAUACACAUGUAUAUAAUUAUUGUACAAGUGUUCAACAUAAUGUGAAUACUAAUAUCAAUAAUCUUGCACACCCUUAUUCCACUGGAUAUAGCAAAAAUUCAAAAACUAAAAAAAACCUCAUAGCCACACCUACUGGUGCUCAAUUUGUUGGUCUAGAACUCUAUCGAAGAUUAAAUGAUUUUCUUAAGACCCAUCUCUUGAAUCUUCUAGAAAAAACUCAAAAUGCUAUGGAUGAAAGUUUUUUGUCAUUUUAUGUGAAGCAAUGGGAAGAUUACUAUUUUUCAAGUGAUGUGCUAAAUGGAAUAUGUGCAUAUAUAAAUAGACAUUGGGUAAAGAGGGAAUGUGAUGAAGGUAGAAAAGGUAUAUAUGAAGUCUAUUAUUUAGCAUUGGUCAUGUGGAGAGAAUGCUUAUUCAAACCAUUGCACAAUCAAGUUACCAAUGCAGUACUCAAGCUUAUAGACAGGGAAAGAAAUGGUGAGACUAUAAACACUUCACUUAUUAGUGGUGUCCUUAAAAGUUAUGUCGAGAUCGGGGGCAAUGAAAUUUCACCAGAAGAUGACUCCACCCCGACCGAAAUUUUAAAUUAUUAUCCAUCCUCAAAUAUAUCUCUCAACCAACUUUCCAAAAAUGGCCUUAACAAAGAAGUCUCCCCUAAAAUCGGCAAUUCUUUCACCAAUAAAAAUAAUAAUACUCCGUUAAACGAUGACCCCACACAUAAUUCAAACGAAGAAGAUUUUCAAAUUCAUGCUAACCUCGAGGAUAGAAACGACAAAGACCCUAUCAAUGGUGUUUUCCUCGAUAAGGGAACCGGCCAUCCAUCCUACCCAUCCGUCACUUGUACAGGGUUUCUUUCCGUUUAUAAAUAUUUUUUCGAACGAGUGUUUCUACAGGAUACAGAACGAUAUUACAAGAGAGAGAGCAGCGAAUUCCUGGGGAAAAACCCAAUAACCGAAUAUAUGAAAAAAGCCGAAAUGCGGCUUAUGGAAGAACAAAAGCGGGUAAAUUUAUAUUUGCAUCCUUCUACCAUGGAAAUAUUGCUCAAAAAAUGCGAACAAGUUCUUAUUCAACAACACCUAGAUACGUUUUAUUCUGAAUUUCAAAAUCUACUCAAUACUAAUAAAAACGAAGGAACGCGUUCUGGAACUUUCCAAAAUAUGGGAUGGAACAUAUUUUUUAAGCUGGAACGGAACCUGGGACGUAAAAAUAUAUUUGCUUCAGACAUAGGCAGAAUGUAUUGCCUAGUAUCAAGAAUUCCUGAUGCUUUGAACGAAUUGAAAACUCUUUUGCAACAACAUAUAAUCAACCAGGGCCUAACUUCUAUUGCUAACAGUUGUGAAACUGCUAUUACAGAUUCUAAAACUUACGUCAACAUAAUUUUAGAGGUGCACAACAAAUAUAACUCUUUAGUCAUUUCUGCAUUUAACAAUGAUUCAGGGUUCGUCGCUGCCCUAGAUAAAGCGUGUGGAACAUUUAUUAAUAAAAACGCCGUUACAUCUAUGUCGAAUUCUAGCAAAAGUCCUGAAUUAUUAGCCAAAUACUGCGAUUUACAACUCAAAAAAAGCUCUAAGAAUCCAGAAGAAUCUGAACUCGAAGAAAUACUAAAUCAAAUAAUGAUAGUGUUCAAAUACAUAGAGGACAAGGACGUGUUUCAAAAUUAUUAUGGACGAAUGCUUGCCAAACGUUUGAUAUUUCAAAUAUCGACUAGUGACGAUGCGGAAGCUAGUAUGAUAUCCAAACUUAAGCAAACCUGUGGUUUUGAAUAUACGUCCAAGCUACAGAGGAUGUUUCAAGACAUAGGCGUAAGCAAAGGUCUAAACGAACGGUUUAAAAGAGAAAUGGAAAAGUCUGGGACGACACUUGGGCUCGAUUUUAGCAUUCAAGUGGUAAGCUCGGGCUCUUGGCCUUUUCAAAACUCGUUUACAUACGUUCUUCCUCCCGAAUUGGAAAAAAGUUACGAAAAAUUUUCGUCAUUUUACGCAAGUCAACACACUGGUAGAAAAUUGACCUGGCUUUAUCACUUAUCCAAAGGUGAAAUUGUCAGUAAUUGUUUCAAGAACAAAUACACUUUCCAGGUAUCCACAUACCAAAUGGCGGUUAUAUUGCAAUAUAAUAAUUCCGAAAAAUUAUCUAUUCGUCAAAUACAAGAAAACACUCAAAUCAAAAUGGAAAUUUUGCUUCAAAUUUUGGCCAUUCUUUUGAAAUCAAAACUUCUCUUAGCAGAAGGUAUCGAAAGCACCGAAAAUUUUAUCGAAUCUAAAUUAAACUCCGAAACACAAAUCUCGUUAUACAAAGGAUAUAAAUACAAAAAGUUACGCGUCAACCUCAACCUUCCCAUGCGCACGGAACUUAAACUCGAACAAGAGAGCACUCACAAGGACAUAGAGGAGGACCGCAAAAUGGUGGUUCAAGCGGCUAUCGUUAGAAUUAUGAAGAUGAGACGAGUCCUAAAACAUCAACAGUUGAUGGCUGAACUCUUUAAUCAGCUAUCAGCCCGGUUCAAGCCCAGUGUCACCACUAUCAAGAAUUGUAUAAGUAUCCUUAUAGAAAAAGAUUACAUUGCUAGAAUGGAAGGUGACAAUAAUACAUACCAAUAUGUCGUUUAGACAAAGUUCGUCUAAUUUAUAAAAUUAAUAUUGAUUUAAAGUGGAUAAUGCAUAGAACAUCAAGAUCCUAUAUGUUUAUUAUAUAUAUGAAUAAUUGUUAUAUAUUUUAUAAGCUUAUAUGACAUAUAUAAUUAUAUCAUAUAAAUAAUUAUAAUAAAUUUAAUUACCUUGUGCAUUUCAUCCGCUCCAUUAAAAUAAUACAUAAUAUGCAAUUGAAAAAACUUCCAAGAAAUAUAAAAUUAUUGCACCCUGCUAUUUUAUACAAACGAGUAUUUAUAAUAUUUUUUAUUGAUACCUAUUAAAAUGUUUAAAUUUGAUAACUCUUAAUCAUUUUUUACUUGCAAAGAGAGAGCAUCCAUUAUAAAAUAAAGUUUUUUUUAAUUAAGUGCACUUCUCUUAAAAUAUUUUGCUAUAAGUGCGAAAUUUGUGUGAUAUCAUUAUAUU